UCACUGAGGAGAAUAACAAGUUAAGCUGUAACUCUGUUGCUUCUCUUUAAGUGAGUUUAAUGAAUGCCUUUCAUCUGCAGAUGGGUUUGGAUUAUUUUUAAAACAGUAUUUAAGAAAGAAAAAAUCUUAAACAGAUUAUAUCCACUAUCGCUUCACUUUUGUUUGCCCACUCUGUCUUUUCUGUUUCUUUCUGGGUAGGUCAGCAACUCUUAUUGUUAACCCUCAAGUAUUUAAAAUAUUUUGACAAUUUCAUCUGAGUUUCUAUUCUAUUAUCCCCACACAAAAUCUCUCUUACUGUGAGAUGUGGAUAGUAUAAUGCUGCUGCCAUUCACAUAUUUUUAAUGGAAGCAUAAUUUUUUCCUGUGGGUAUUUCUCUUUUUUAGAACAUCAAUAUCUUAGCAUAUAAGGCUUUUCUUUACUCUUUUAACUACAAAGUGAGAGGGGAAUGCAUACAAACUUUAAAAUUAAGGACAUAAUAAUGACUACAUAAUAUUUAGGUACAUUUGCUAGGGAUUCUUUGAGUACAACUGAACAGAUAAAUUUUAUAUCCUACUUCUUCUCAGAGCUAUCUGUUGAUUUCAUUGCAGUGUUAAAGAUGUUAUUUAUGGUAUACCUGCCAAAUAUGCUUAUCCUCAUAAUAUAAAUAUUUACAUAUGUGAAAGCACAAUAGUGAGAUUUUUUUCCCCUAUAUUUUGGUGGGCUUCCAAAUAUAUUACCAGUAAGUGUCAGUAACUGGAAUUUGAUGUUUCCCAGAAAAAGGUGAGUUUAUAAUAUUUUAGUUUCUAAUCUUCCUACACAUUCUCUUUUUUAACUGAAGUAUAGUUGAUUUACAGUGUUGUGUUAGUUUCUUAUGUACUGCAGUCAUUCAUAUAUACAUAUUCUUUUUCAAAUUCUUUUCCAUUGUGGUUUUUCACAGGAUACUGAUCCUAAACAUUCUUUUGAAAUAUAUUAGUAGAGUCCUACCCAUAUCCCCAGCAAAUGCUAGUUGGAAUGCUUUCUUUUUUUUUAUUUUAUUGUGAUUGUGCCCCUCCUAUCAUCUCAUUGCAGCUUUUCCUUUGACUUUGGAUGUGGGGUAUCUUUUUUGGUGGGUUCUGCAUCUUUCUGUCCAUGUUUGCUUAGCAAUUCAUUGUGCUUUUGGUGCUCUUGAAGGAGUAGGUGAGCACAUGUCUUUCUACUCUGCCAUCUUGAACCAGUGUCUCUGGAAUGCUUCUAGUUUGUUCUAUAAAUGUGUGUCUUCUUCACUUGAUUUCCUGUCAAGUGUGAUUCUGAUAAUGUGUGCAAUCACAUUUCUUUAGGUUGCCAUAUUAUUGUAGAAUUUUGAUUUUUAAACGCUAAAUGUCAACAACCUGUUAAAGUAGUUCUUCAUUUAGGCAAAUUUAAGAAUCUACUGAAAAUUUUUGCCCCAGAUUUUAGUUGAGUGAGAAUUUUAAAAUUAUUGUUAUAUAAUUUCUAAAAACAUGAACCGCCUUAGGAGAUUUCCAUAAUAGGUAUGUAUGUGUGUUGGGGGGUGAUACCAAAGCUGGUGUACUAAAAUUACAUGGUUAAAUUUAUUGUGUAUAGAAACUUCAUGUAAAAGCUCAUCAGCAAAAUCAGAAUAUACAUACAGGUACAGAAAAUAAUCUCAGGAAGGUGGCUGUAUAUGAGAAGUUUAGGGGAAUAAAAAGUUCACUGAAAUUCCAAAUAAGAUGAAUACAGUAGUUUUAGUUGGGUCCACUUUCAUCCCUGUUUGAAGAACAGUAGGUGGAGCUAUUUAAGGUCUAGAAACCAAAAUGGUUUCCCGGACUUUAAGACUGUGCAGUAAUUGGUUAGGACUCUGAGCGCCGCUGUUCACCAACCGGGAGAGAAGAGCGGAGAGCUCCUGCCAGCCGUGCACGCGCGUGAAGCACAAGCACAGAGAAAAAUUAACCAUCUCUCGGACUCUGAGGAAACAGCAGAGGAGCUCGGGUCCCCAAACUGUGGGUUUUUAAGGACGAGUGAGCUGAUCCGGACUUCGCUGAUCAAAGGAAGAACUGAAGUAGUACUCAAGGAAAGUGACAAUGAUUCCUGCGCGAAUGCACGGGGACUGCAAAAAGCUAGUCUUGCUGGGAGUUCUCCUGGGGGUUCUGUGGGAAACUGGAGGCACACAAAUCUAUUAUUCAGUUCCCGAGGAGCUGGAGAAAGGCUCUAGGGUGGGGAACAUCGCCAAGGAUCUGGGGUUGGAGCCUCAGGAACUGGAGGAGCGCGGAGUCCGCAUCGUCUCCAGAGGUAGGACACAACUUUUCGCUCUGAACCCGCGGAGCGGCAGCUUGGUCACUGCGGGCAGGAUAGACCGGGAGGAGCUCUGUAUGGGGGCCGUCAAGUGUCAACUAAAUCUGGAGAUUCUGAUGGAGGAUCAAGUGAAAAUAUACGGGGUAGUGGUAGAAGUGAGGGACAUUAAUGAUAACGCCCCAUAUUUCCAGGAAGGUGAAUUAGAAAUAAAAAUGAGUGAACACGCAGCUAAAGGGAUGAGGUUCCCCCUUCCCCACGCUUGGGAUCCGGAUAUAGGGAAGAAUUCACUCCAGAGCUACGAUCUCAGCAGUGAUACUCACUUCUCCCUUGACGUGCAAAGCGGAGCAGAUGGUAAUAAGUACCCGGAAUUGGUGCUGGAGCGCGCCCUGGACCGCGAGGAAAAAGCCGUUCACCACCUGGUUCUCACGGCCUCCGACGGGGGCGAUCCAGUCCGCACUAGCACUGCGCGCAUCCGUGUGAUGGUCCUUGAUGCGAACGACAACGCACCAGCGUUUGCUCAAUCCGAGUACCGUGUGAGCGUUCCGGAGAAUGUGGCCGUGGGCACUAAACUGCUUCAAGUAAAUGCCACCGACUCUGAUGAAGGAUCCAAUGCGGAAGUGAUGUAUUCCUUCCGGUAUGUGGACAACAAAGCGGCCCAACUUUUCGAGCUAGAUUGUAAUUUAGGGACAAUUUCAACAAUAGGGGAGUUGAACUACGAGGAAUCAGGAUUCUACGAGAUGGAAGUGCAAGCAACGGAUAACGCAGGAUAUUCUGCGCGAGCCAAAGUCCUGAUCACAGUUUUGGACGUGAAUGACAACGCCCCUGAAGUAGUAGUCACCUCUCUCUCCAGCUCCAUUCCGGAAAACUCUCCCAGAGGGACGUUAAUUGCCCUUUUAAAUGUAAAUGAUCAAGACUCUGGGGAAAAUGGACGAGUAACCUGUUUCGUCCAAAGGAAUCUGCCCUUUAAAUUAGAAAAGUCUUAUGGAAAUUAUUAUAGUUUAAUGACAGACACACUCCUAGACCGAGAACUGGUUCCUAGCUACAACAUUACCGUGAUGGCCACUGACCGAGGAAGUCCGCCCCUGUCCACAGAAACUCACAUCACCCUGAAUGUGGCAGACAUCAACGACAAUGCGCCUGCCUUCUCUCAAGCCUCCUACUCGGCGUAUAUCCUAGAAAACAACCCCAGAGGAGCUUCCAUCAUCUCUGUGACCGCCUAUGACCCCGACUAUGGAGAGAAUGCCCAGGUCACUUACUCCUUGGUGGAGGACACCCUCCAGGGAGCUCCCCUGUCCUCCUACAUCUCCAUAAACUCAGGCACUGGUGUCCUGUAUGCGCUCCGCUCCUUCGACUAUGAACAAUUACGAGACUUAGAGCUACAAGUGAUGGCACAUGAUAGCGGGGACCUUCCACUCAGCAGCAACGUUUCUCUGAGCCUGUUCGUGCUGGACCAAAAUGACAACUCGCCAGAGAUCCUCUUCCCCGUCGUACCUACCGAUGGCUCCACAGGCGUGGAGCUAGCACCCCGCUCCGCAGAGCCCGGCUACCUGGUCACCAAGGUGGUGGCAGUGGACAGAGACUCAGGACAGAACGCCUGGCUGUCCUACCACCUGCUCAAGGCCAGCGAGCCAGGACUCUUCGCGGUGGGGCUGCACACGGGCGAGGUGCGCACAGCGCGGGCGCUGCUGGACAGAGACGCGAUAAAGCAGAGCCUGGUGGUGGCGGUCCAGGAUCAGGGGCAGCCCCCUCUCUCUGCCACCGUCACGCUCACCGUGGCUGUGGCUGACAGUAUCCCCGAUGUCCUGGCUGAUCUAGGCAGCCUAGAAUCUCCAGCCAGCUCCGACGACUCAGGCCUCACCCUGUAUCUGGUGGUGGCGGUGGCCGCGGUCUCCUGUGUCUUCCUCGCCUUUGUCAUCGUGCUACUGGCGCUCAGACUGCGGCAUUGGCACACGUCGCGUCUGCUCCAGACUUCCGAAAGCGGGUUGGCUGGCGUGCCGGCGUCUCAGUUUGUGGGCGUGGACGGGGUGCGGGCUUUCCUGCAGACCUAUUCGCACGAGGUCUCGCUCACCGCGGACUCGCGGGGGAGUCACGUGAUCUUCCCGCAGCCGAACUAUGCGGACACGCUUAUCAGUCAGGAGAGCUGUGGGAAAAGCGAGCCUCUCUUGCUCUCAGGCGAUUCCGUGUUUUCUAAAGAUAAUCGUGCAUUAAUUCAGCAAGCCCCACCCAACACGGAUUGGCGAUUCUCUCAGGCCCAGAGACCCGGCACCAGCGGAUCCCAAAAUGGCGAUGAGACCGGCACCUGGCCCAACAACCAGUUUGACACAGAGAUGCUACAAGCCAUGAUCUUGGCCUCCGCCAGUGAAGCCGCUGAUGGGAGCUCCACCCUGGGAGGGGGUGCCGGCACCAUGGGCUUGAGUGCCCGCUACGGGCCCCAGUUCACCCUGCAGCAUGUGCCCGACUACCGCCAGAAUGUCUACAUCCCUGGCAGCAACGCCACUCUGACCAACGCAGCUGGCAAGCGUGAUGGCAAGGCCCCGGCAGGAGGCAAUGGCAACAAGAAGAAGUCGGGCAAGAAGGAAAAGAAGUAACGUGGAGGCCAGGCCCGGAGCCACAGGGCAGCCUCCCUCCCCAACCAGUCCAGCCUCUCCCUACCUGUGCCCAAGCCUCGGAUUUCAGGGCUCACCCCCAGGAAACUGGUAGGGGCCCAGGCCAUGCUCCCCUUGGGAAAUGGAAACAAGUGCCAGGUCAACACCCCCCUCUCUGCCCCCAAGGGAUUGAAUAUGCAAAGGGAGUUCUGCUGGGAACCCCCAUCCAAUCACUUGCUGUGCCCAUGGGGGUAGUGGGGUUCGUGUAGACACCAUUUAUCACACCCGCUUCAGUUACAGCUGAACUCCUCCAUCUUCCAAAUUCAAUCAGGCCCAUCCCCUACCUCCCUCCUGCCCUCCCCACCCCAGCCCACUCUUCUCUUUCUUAAGGUGGUUGGGGUGUUGAGGUACCUGGUGACCUAAAAAGGCUCAUAGUUCUGAAGAGUUGGAAGGGCAUCAUGACUUCUUGACCUCUCCUUCAAUUCUCAAACUUCCCCCAAAAGCAUGGUUUGGUGCCAGUCCCUUCAUCUCCUUCCAGAACCUGAGACCAAGCUCAAGUUUUUGGGAGACACGGUCACCAUUCCCAUGGUACUGAUGCUUGCUGGAUUUAGGGAGGGCAUUUUGCUACCAUGCCUCUUCCCAACACCCUGGGGACCAGUCUUUUGUUCUGUUCUGUUUGUCAUCAUUUGAUGUUCCCACUGCAUGCUGUGACUUCCCCCUCCCCAAACCAGAGACCCCACUGCAUGUUCUGAGACAGUGUGGGGUGCUAAGAUAAAGAAGGGUGUGGGUGUGGAUGGGGGGUGGACAAAGCUUGAUCCCGUCAGUUAACAGGGUCUUGUAGGAGGCUCUGUAUGCCCCAGGGUACCGACCGACCAGAUCCCCAGGUUCCAGCCGGAAGCCAUGCCCCAGGCUGGACCCUCAUCUUUCAUGUAACAGGGCAGCCUGGCAGCCAGCGGUGGGCUGAGCUUCCAGCACCGGUGGGUUUGAACUGGCCUUGUGGUCCAAGGCAGCUCUGAGCAGGAUUAGGACAGGUCCCCUGGAGAGGUCAGAGGGGCCUCUGUGGGUGCUGGGUACUCCAGAGGUGGUGUUGGUGGAAGGAUUCGUGUGGCCCCAGUAGGGAGGGAGGGGCCCGCUCGGCUAUUUUUGGUCCCUGGGUUGGGAAGGAAGGGAGCUAGAGCAGGGACCAAGUGGACAGAAAGUGUCAGCCUGAGAUCAGGGCUUCUCCACAGUGCACCCCCCUGCCCCGGCGGCCCCAGCCCUUCACCUUGCAGGUGCCAUUCCUUCUCUGUGAAGGCCACUGCCCAGGCCCCCAGUCCGCCCCCUCGUGGCCAGAGCCUGGUUAAAGUCCCCCAGUGCCUCCUUGUGCAUAGACCUUCCUCUGCUCACCCCUCUAACCCCUGUCCCGCUCACCCAGCGGGGCUUCUUGAGAACCCCAUCCCAGCCCUUACUUAGUAUAGAAACCCCCUCCCUCUUCCGGCUGGUGUAGAAUAACCAAUAGUGUAUAGUGCGGCGUAUCUUUCCGUGAUGGCGAGCGGGCGGCGGGCUCCGCGCAGCCGUCUGUCUCCGAGCCCGCCCGCGGCGGCCCGUGCUGUGUUGUGCUGUGUCCACGCGCUGCGGCGCCCCCUUCCCGCGUACUGACUCCUCUAAGCGCUUCUCUUUGCAUAGUCACGUAGCUCCCGACCCCACCCCCUUCCUGUGUCUCACGCAAGUUUUAUACUCUAAUAUUUAUAUGGCUUUUUUUCUUUGAAAAAUUAAAAGGUUUCUUCUGAAA